CGCAGCGGGGGUGAGGGGGGUGGGACGCGAUGCCGCGGCGCUCCGUGGCUGCCCGGCCUGCUCGGUUUCGGGGCGCCUGAGCACCGGCUGCUGCCGCCGCCUGCGGGGCCCGGCUCGCCCGGAGGCAGCGACGUGGCGGGCGGCGGCCGGCAAAAGCCGGGCGAGCCCCUUCCUGCAGCGCGGGGGAGCGCGCGGCGGCGCUUGCCGCGCUCCCGCCACCGCUCCGAGGUGGGUGCUCACCCCGUGCCUCCGCAGGGCCCGGCUUGAAGCUGCGCUCCGUGCCGCCCCCCCCCCCCCCCCCCCCCCCCCCCAACCCCGCCCGCCCACCGGCUCCCCGGGGGCGGCACGGCGCGAGCCCCGGCGGCCGUUACGGGGUGUCGCGGCCGCAGCCGGCGCCGAGGGGCUCCCCCGCCUCCGGCAGCCGUUUUUCGGACCCGUGGGCCCGUUAGCGGGUCGGCAGCGCUGGGGCGGGAGGCCGCGGGCGCAGCUCAGGCUCCGCCCGCAGCAACCCGUCUUCUUCUCCGGCCCCCUGGGCACAAGCCGGCGCUUAGUGAGCACCGGGUCAUCUGUUGAGGUGGAGCUCUCGCACGACGGCUGUAAAAGUUUUCCUUGCUGGAGUUGGGAAUAAGAGCAUUAAAAAAAAAAAAACAAAACCCAAAACGUUAAAUAAGCAUGUAAUUUAUUUCAUCCUUCUAGCUAAUCGGUAUUCCGUGGAUGCGCCCUUCUGACAAACUGACCUCUUUGUGCUACCUUCUGAGUUGCCGUGGCAUUAACAGCAAGACACCAGAAUGAAGACCAAGUGCUAUAGUCGAUUUGUAUUUUGCUCCAAGACAACCAUCUAUACCUUUCUGCUUGGAGGAGUGUUUAUUGCACUGGGCUCAAGUCGAAUCCUCCUCAUGAAGUAUUCUGCCAAUGAAGAUAACAAAUACGAUUACCUUCCUACAACAGUGAACAUAUGUUCUGAAGUAGUAAAACUGGUCCUGUGUGUGGUGUUGGCACUAUGGGUUAAGAAAAAAGAGGGUUGUUUGGAUCAUCCCUUUGAAUGUCUUUCCUGGAGGAAUUUUUGUAAUUCCAUGAAAUGGUCAAUUCCUGCCUUUCUUUACUUUUUGGAUAACUUGAUUGUCUUCUACGUACUGUCCUACCUAGAGCCAGCAAUGGCUGUGCUCUUCUCAAAUUUUGUCAUUAUAACAACAGCUCUUCUCUUCAGGAUAGUGCUAAAGCGAAGACUCUCUUGGGUACAAUGGGCAUCUCUGGUGAUUUUAUUCCUGUCCAUCGUUGCCCUGACUUUAGGCACUGGAGGCCAUCAGCAAAGCUUGGCUGCACAUGGAUUCCAUCACAGUAUGUUUUUCAGCCCAUCUAACCACUGCCUUCUCUAUGCUGGACCUGAGGAAGCAUGCCUGGAAAAGGGCAAUUGCGUAGCACCAAGUUUCCUUCCCAGCUUCCAGUGGAAUGUCACCAGUACCAUGGCAGGAGCAUUGAAACCUCUCCGCCUCAGCCUGGGCCAUCUGCUUAUUCUAGUGCAGUGUUUCAUUUCUGCUCUGGCUAACAUCUACAAUGAAAAGAUCUUGAAAGAUGGAGAUCAGCUUGCUGAAAGCAUCUUCAUGCAGAACAGCAAACUCUAUGCCUUUGGGGUGCUGUUCAAUGGACUUAUGCUGGGACUGCGGGCUAAGGACCGGAGACAGAUAGGGAAUUGUGGCUUCUUUUAUGGGCACAACAUCUUCUCAGUGGCUCUCAUAUUUGUCACAGCUUUCCUGGGGCUGUCUGUAGCCUUCAUCUUGAAGUUCCGAGACAAUAUGUUCCAUGUUAUGACUGCUCAGAUCACCACUGUCAUCAUCACCACUGUCUCUUUCGUCAUCUUUGACUUCAGGCCUUCUCUAGAGUUCUUUUUGGAAGCUCCUGUAGUGCUUCUCUCCAUAUUCAUCUAUAAUGCCAGCAAACCAAGAGGACUGGAAUAUGCCACUCUGCGGGAAAGGGGCAAACUCGCCAAAGGAGAUGCAUGGGAGAGGUCAAGUGGGGAUGGAGAAGAAUUUGAGAGAUUGAACAAACCAAGCAGUGAUAUUGAUACAGAUGAAGAUUCCCUCUAGCAUGAGGCUGGCUCAGAGGAGUGUUAUUACUCAUAGUGAGAGAACGUUACUGUUUUAUUAACAUAGAGAAGGGAUAUUUUUCCCUACUUGCAGAGCAAUUGAGACUAUUUUGGGGCUGGAUGUCAGAGGUGGAUGAGGAAAACAUUCAAGCUCUAGAUAUGGACAGUUGUAUUCCCUCUUCCUAGUCGUGUAAAUUAGAAGUUCAAAAUCUGCUCAAAGAAACAAAAUUUGUAACUGAUGCAAACAAGAAGAGUCUUGGACCCUGGACUCAGUAGUCUGGAUGACGUGCUAUAUUGUGGAAGGCAGUCCUGGACUCUAACCAUAUGUCUUUCAUCGCUUUGGUUGACUGUCCUGAGUCACUGCAACUUCCUGUAUGAAUUCCUUGGUUAGCAAAGCAGAGACAAAACUGUUCUUCACCUUGCAGAAGUGAUAUGAGCGUUGAUUAAUGUUUUUGCUGCAUCUUCCAAUGUACAAAUGCUCCAGUAAGUUUUCUUUUCAGGAUUUAAGACAUUACUAAUAACCUCAUAAAUAAUGAGCCAUAUUGUCUGGUUUACUGUAUUUUGGCAUUUCAGAUUGACAUUAUCCCUACCUGAGUAAAAGGGUCCCUCUGAAACAACUUCAUCAAACUUUCACUUGAGAAUGUAUAAUGAAUCAGAUAAUUUGAGUUAAAGGUAUGUUGAUCUGUCAAUCAGAUCUCUAGUGUAAUUUGUUUGAAUGGUCUUAAUUUUGUCCUCAUUCCUGUUUUUACAUCAGUGUAACUCUGUACUGACUCCUGUGGAGUCUGUUCUUUCUGAUUUUAUCUGAUGUGACUGAGAGCAGAAUAGAUUGCACUGACUUGAGCCAAUAGUUCUCCUCACAUUUUCAGUGUGAGACUGUUGUGUGCCUGUCUCCCAGUGUCUGGGGAAAUGGAAAUCUGGAAUGCCUUUCUAGCAGAUAGUGGAUUUUACGUUCAACUUACGUGGCCUAACUUUGAAAGAGCUUAAAUAAAACAAAAGUGUGUUAUACAGUA